UAAAUAAUAAAUAUGUCGGCAAUUCGGGCAAUUCGGCAUGUCACCGACUCACCGUAGUUACUUGACGCCUACUCCGGGUUUUGAUGUUUGAAAUUCUGAAGUCACUGUGUAUCGAUCUUACUGAGUAAUGACUUAAGUAUAUCUCAAUACUUGUAGUUUUCCCAUCUCCAUACUGUCGACUACCGGCUUCAACUGGCUCACUGAAGUACUUUAUAUUUUGGCUGCCUGGAUCCAAUCCUGAAUUAUAAAGAACUAUCUUAUAAUUAUUUGGAGCAAUGGCACUUCCAUCAACUUACAAACAAAUAGCUAUAAAUCAACAGUCUCCUUCUCGUGCUCCAGUCACAUUCAACAUUUUGAAAGCGACUAAAACGGGAUCCUAUCAAAAUGAACGUUUAAGACCGGGUGGAAGUUCCAGCCAAUUAUCUGGAUCUAAAGAUCAAAAUCAAAGUCCAUUCAUUUCGAAUAGCCAUGGAAAUCCAGCAUUUCAUCCACAAAAAAUAUCAAAAGCUGCAGCUGAUGCUCGUGGUAUUAAACCUCCUAAACCACCAGAAAAACCCCUUAUGCCAUACAUGCGAUACAGUCGCAAAGUCUGGGAUCAAGUAAAGGCAGGGAAUCCUGAUUUGAAGUUAUGGGAAAUUGGUAAAAUUAUUGGACAAAUGUGGAGGGAUCUUCCGGAUGAUAACAAACAAGAAUAUAUUGACGAUUAUGAAUCAGAAAAGUUGACCUAUGAAAAAGCUAUGAAGUUGUAUCAUACUUCGCCUGCCUAUUUGGCAUAUUUACAAGCAAAGAAUAAAGGUAAAUUGAAUCAAGUAGAAGAUAGAGAACCACAUGAAAGAUCAACAGGAGGUGGUAAACAAGCUGCUGCUGACCGAAGAAUUGAAAUACAACCAGCUGAAGAUGAAGAAGAUCAAGAUGACGGAUUCAGUGUUAAGCACGUAGCUUAUGMUAGAUAUAUAAGAAAUCAUAGAUUGAUUAAUGAAAUAUUUUCUGAUAGUGUUGUCCCUGAUGUACGUUCAGUGGUCACUACUGCUCGUAUGCAAGUCUUAAAGAGACAAGUACAAAGCUUAACUAUGCAUCAGAAAAAAUUGGAAGCAGAAUUACAACAAAUUGAAGAAAAAUUUGAUACUAAAAAAAGAAAAUUUAUUGAAUGUAGUGACACAUUCCAACAAGAAUUAAAAAAACACUGUGUUCAAGCAGUAUCAGAGGAAGCAUUUCAAAAAAUGGUAGAACGCCAGGUUGAGAUAUUACAAAAAGAACGAACUAAAACUUUGUGCCCACCAGGACCCCCUGAAGAAUUUUCUAAGCUACAUUGUGAACAGCAAUUAGAACAAAAUGGAGCUGUACAAUCAGUUGAGGAAGAUACUUCAACAUGUGUGGUUCCUUCUAGUACCACUGAUGAUGGUUCAAGUAUGGAAGUUGAGUCUGCAAUAACUUCAGACAGUUCAUCAAAAUCUGAACAACUUGUAUCUGAAACUAAGGAAAAUGGAGAAAUGACAGUUUCUCCUCCACAACCUUCACAUCAACCUCAAUUAUUAAAAGAACAGCAGCCAACACAAAUUCAAUCACAGCAACAUUUACAAUUCCAAGCCCAACAAGCUCCUCAGUUCCAAGCCCAAUCACAAUUUCAACAGCAAUUAUCUGUACCUCUGCAGCCUCAGCCUUCACAACAAUCUUUACAACCGCCUCAACAACUUUUACAGUCACAACCUUCAUUACAACAAUUACCACAAGCCCAACCUGCGUUACAGCAGUUGCCACAAGCACAACCUUCAUUACAGCAAUUGCCACAAGCACAGCCUUCAUUACAGCAAUUGCCACACGUACAACCUUCAUUGCAUCAAUUGCCACAGACGCAACCUGAAAUCCAGCAACUGUUGCAGCCACAGAAUUCAUUUCAGCAACAAACCCCAGAACAAGUCUCUYCACAACCACAGCCUCAACAACAACACUCUCCUCAACCACAAUUGCAAUCUCUGAAUCAUCAUCAACAACAACCUUUACAAUCAAAUGUACUACAGCAGCAGUCAUUACAGCCACAAACUCCACAGCAACAGUCUUUACAGCCACAGACUCCACAGCAACAGUCUAUACAGCCCCAAACUCAACAGCAACAGUCUAUACAGUCCCAAACUCAACAGCAACAGUCUUUACAGCUGCAUCCUCCUCAACAACAGCCUUUGCAGCCAAAUUCUCCUCAACAACAUUUGCAGCCAACCUCUCCUCAACAACAAUCUUUACAACCACACACUCCACUGCAACAACCUUUACAGCCACACGCUCUUCAACAACAGCCUUUACAACCAAAUCCUCCUCAACAACAGCCUUUACAACCUAAUCCUCCUCAACAACAGCCUUUACAACCAAAUCCUCCUCAACAACAGCCUUUACAGCCAAACCCCCCUCCUCAACAUCAACCUUUGCAGCCACAUAUUCCACAACAACAGAUUUUACAACCAAAUCCUCCACAACUACAGCCUUUACAGCCACAUUCUCCCCAACAACAUUCUAUAUUGCCACAUAAUCCCCAGCAAAAUGCUUUACAGACUCAACUUCAGCAGCAGCCACAAUCUCCACAACAGCAGCCUUCUGUACAACCACCAUCAAUUCAAACACCUUCACAGCCASAAUCUCCACAGCCACAAUUACAAUCCCCACAGACACAGCAAUUACCGUCUCCGCAUAUACAACAAUUGCAGACUCCACUUCCUCAACAAUUACAACCCCAACAGACACAAGUUCAAAUAUCACAGCCGCCUCCACCACUGCCUCAAUCGCAACCGACACAAUCUCAAAUACAAUCACCACAAUCUCAAUUACAGCCCCCUUCAGUCAUGGUGCCAACACCACCUUCUGUUCCACCAGCAAUGGGAUCAGAUUCACCUUCAAAUGUUGUUUCAUCAACUACAGAAUCACCGCCAAAAUUAUCAGACCCUAAAGCUUAUUCUGCUCCUUCAACUCAACCAUAUUCAACRUUAUCACAGUCUUACACUCAAGUACCUUCAUUUCAACUGUCGCAAAAUACUCAAGUUAAUGUUCCAAAUGUAUAUCCACCUAAUCAAACUCCCUCAAAUUCUGCUCCUCCGCAACAUCCACAUUCAGGUAUGAUGCAGCCUCCUCAAAUUCCUUCUCAAGUAGCACCAUCAUCAACUCCGUCAACUGGAUUUCCUCCAUAUCCACAGCAACAACCUUAUUCAUCUCAAACAAUGCCUCCCAGGCCUUACACAUACCCUUCACAACCGUAUCCUCAGUAUACACCCCAUCCAUACUACCAAACUCCUUAUCAACAAUAUCCACCACCACCUCCACGUGUAGCAUAUCCUCAACAAAUAAGCACUGCUAAUCAAGAUACAAAUCAACCACCUCUUGAAAGUAUCUAUAGUGCACCUUCAAUUCCUGGACCAACUGAAAAACCAAAUGAUGAAAAUAAACAAUUAAAUGAGGAAGUGAAAUCUACUGAACCAAACACAGUUCACGAGAAACCGGCUGAUCAAGAAGAAACAGUUCCACCUCAACCAUCUUCAGCAAAACUUGAUGAAGUUUCACAAUAAUAUAUUUAAAUAUACUAAAUAAUUGUAUAAACAUUUUUUUAUCAAUCUACUAUUUUUUUCAAGUU